AUGGCAAAGGUGAAAACGAAUGACACAACGAAUAGCAAGGUCCCAUUGUAUACUAUGGACAAUGUUUCAGAGGGGAAUCCGCACAUAGUAGGGUUAAUGAAUUUGGGAAGCACAUGCUAUUUGAACUCGAUCAUGCAACAAAUGUAUGCGGAUUACUUAUUUAGGAACACAUUACUGCUAGCGGACGGCGACGGAAUGACCCCGUUUUUGUCUUCAGUCCAAACGGUCUUUCUCAAGAUGAUGAAAGAAGGGAGCGCGGUCGACCCGCGGAAAGAGGUGAAUGAGAUGCGGAACGAAAGGUAUGGAAUGAUCAACCCAUCAGUGCAACGGGACGCAGCGGAGAUGUUUUUAGAGAUCAUCGAUUCGAUCUCCGAAGAGACAUCACCGAGUGUAUUGCAUGAGACGUUGAAGGGCAUGUAUACCACCGAAAUAUUAGAUUGUAUUAAAAUGCCGAACGCGGUCAAAGAAGAACAGCGAAUAGAAGAACAUGUGAUUCUUCCUAUAGAGAUCCGAGGGCUGAAUAAAUUGGAAGACUCCUUGAAAUUAUUGAAUACCGUCGAGUGUGUCGGGGAAAAGGGAGAAAUCAAGAAACAAGUCUUCCUCCACCGCAUUCCUCACACAUUGGUCUUUCAAUUGAAGCGUUUCAGCUUUAAUACACUCACAUUCCAACAGGAAAAGAUUAACACGGUCUUCACCGGGACGUGUAAUGGGGGACACUACACGUCGUAUGUCCGCACUGGGAAUCAGUGGACACUGAUCGAUGACAAUCAAGUCAUAGAAGUGAAGAAAGAGGCUGCAGAGAACGAUUGGUUUGGGAGUAAGAACAAAAGCGCGUAUUUAUUGUUCUAUCGCAAAGUCUCUGAGAGUGUCGAGAUCCCCAUUCUCGACAUCAAAAGUCAUCUGUCGUAUGAAGAGGAGAGUUUCUCUCCCAUCGAACAAGACGACAAAAAGUCGAAAGGGAAAGGGAAGGCACCUAAAGUGAUGAUGAAGGGGAAGAAGAAGCCCAAGAGAAAAGAAUUGAAAUUUGAUGUGCAACAAGUGGGGAUCCAGCAAGUCAUUGGGGAAUAUUCUGAUAUAGUAAAUUAUAGUUCUCGACUAGUUAAACUCGAAAACGGGAAGAACCCGAGUGAACGAGUUGAGAAGAAAGAGCAGAAGGAUCUGAAGAGUGAGAAGUAUAUGAAAGAGAGUGAAGAGUACUUAGAAUAUGAGAAUGACUUAAAAGAAGUUGUAUUAUGUGAGAAGUAUUUAUUUGAGCAGAAUGUCUUCUUUGUUGCUGUUUUAGAGUAUCUCCAAAGCGGAAGUGACUUGUUUGACAUCUUUGUGGAACAAGUAAUUCGCGUCUUAAAUGCACGACAAUCAACCGAUUGUGAUGCGGUGCAUCGGAUGGUCGACAACUUAACUGUUGGUGGAUCUAAGAAGCAAAGUACUAAAGUGCCGAGUACUGUAGUCUUGAAUUUGUCGCGAUUUGUCGCGAAUUUACAUUUUACACCACAUGAAGUGUUAAAUAGGUAUUUGUGUGUUCUCAUCGACUUCUUAAGUGGAUUGGAAUUGUCGAAUGAGCAGUCCUAUUUGUCCGAGUCGUUAUAUGGAAGUGCUGUAAAGAUCAUCACGGAGUUAAAGAAGUGCGACGCGGAAGUCCCUUCAGACGUUGUAAUGAAGUAUUAUAAGAGUCUGAAAACGACUCAUUUCAUACAAGAAAGUACUGGAGAUAUCUCGCAAUAUAUUAAUAUAGUAUAUUUACUAUAUACUUUAUUUGAUGUUGAUGACGUCAGAGGUGUGCUCUAUCCCGUCUCUUUAAUUAAUAUCUUUAAGACGGGAGGAUUCGCUAAAAUGCAAAGCGCAGUCGAUUAUACACUAGUUAAGGCCUUUUUAAGAAAAGUCUAUGAAAAGCUCCCAACAAGUUUAUUAAAGGCUCAAGUCUUAUUAAAAGUCUUCGGCGGUAUCGAUAAGAUGUACGCGCCGGAAGAUGAAAUAGAAAAGUCACCCCUCUAUGAAGUCCUCAUCGAUUUGAUUAAACAACAGAACUCGGAAAAUGCAACGUUUUUCGCAAAUAGGCUUGAAGAACACCAAAAUGAAAAUGUAAUCACUAACGAAGUCCUCUACAUGAUUGUCGUCGAUUGCGCAGAAAAUCAUCUCAAGCUCUCACUCGCUCAAAAUUAA